UGCACUCUCACACAGACACACACAUUCUGAGAGACGCUGCACUGGUUAUAAGAGGGUAUCCGUGGGGAGCCACUGAAGAACCCAGUCACUUAGGGGGGACAGAUCACAUACAGCCGCCAAGAUGUGUGACAUGGGGGGACUGGAUAACCUGGUGGCCAACACGGCCUACCUAAAAGCUCAGGGUGGUGAUGACAAGGAGAUGAAAAAGCGCCGUCGCAGCUUGUCUCUUCCCAAGCCUGAGCAAUGUGGUCCAGUACGAGCUUCCCUUGACAAGGACUUUACAUCAAUUUGUGAAAGGCAGCCUAUUGGCAAAAAGUUUUUCCGUGACUUCCUGGCAAAUACCAGUGAAUUUAAGCUUGCUGCUGAUUUCCUGGAUGAGCUGUAUGACUGGGAUCUGGCUGAAGGUGCAACAAAAGACAAGGCACGUCAAAACAUCCUCAACAAGUAUUGCAAGGCUGACUCCAAGACCUUCCUGUCGUUUCUUACCGGGGAGCCUGCUGAGAAGUGCAAGUCUGUGACAGAUGCCAACUUUGAGGAGGUGAUGAAAAGCAAAGUCCAGGAAGGUGUAAGAGAUUUUCUGAAAGGCAAACCCUUCACAGAUUACCAGGCCAGCCCAUUCUUUGAUAAAUUCCUCCAGUGGAAAGAGUAUGAGAAACAGCCCAUCAGUGACAAAUACUUCUAUGAGUUUAGAACUCUGGGAAAAGGAGGCUUCGGAGAGGUAUGUGCUGUUCAGGUGAAGAACACAGGCCAGAUGUAUGCCUGCAAGAAGUUGUGUAAAAAGCGAUUGAAGAAGAAGGGUGGUGAGAAGAUGGCCCUGUUGGAGAAGCAGAUCUUGGAGAAGGUUAACAGCCUGUUUCUGGUCAACUUGGCCUACGCUUAUGACACCAAGACCCACCUGUGCCUUGUCAUGACCUUGAUGAAUGGAGGAGACCUCAAGUACCACAUUUACAACAUAGGUUAUGAUGGCAAAGGUGUGGAUAAGGGCAUUGAGAUGAAGCGCAUAGUCCAUUACACAGCGCAGAUCACCACCGGCAUUCUGCAUCUGCACGCCAUGGAUAUCGUAUACCGUGAUAUGAAGCCGGAGAAUGUGUUGCUGGAUAGCCAAGGCCAGUGCCGACUUUCAGAUUUGGGUCUGGCCAUAGAGCUUGUUGCAGGGAAGACUGUCACCCAGAUGGCUGGUACUGGAGCAUACAUGGCCCCUGAGAUCCUGUCCAAAACUCCAUACAGGACAUCAGUGGACUGGUGGGCCCUUGGCUGCAGUAUCUAUGAGAUGGUGGCUGGCUACACACCUUUCAAAGGCCCUGAGGCCAAGAAGGAGAAGGUGGAGAAGGAGGAGGUGCAGCGUCGCAUUCUCAACGAGGAGCCUAAGUGGGAGCACAAAUGCUUUGAUGCUCCCACCAAGGACGUCAUCCAACAAUUCCUCAAGAAGAAAAUUGAGGAGCGCCUGGGCAUGAAGAACGACAUGGAGGAUCCCCGGAAGCAUGAGUGGUUCAAGGCCAUCAACUUCCCUCGUCUGGAGGCCGGGCUGGUUGAUCCUCCUUGGGUACCGAAACCCAACGUUGUCUACGCCAAGGACACCGGAGAUAUUGCUGAAUUCUCUGAGAUCAAGGGCAUCGAGUUUGACGCCAAGGACGACAAAUUCUUCAAGGAGUUUAGCUCUGGCGCUGUGCCCAUCCCGUGGCAGCAGGAGAUGAUUGAAACUGGACUGUUCGACGAGCUGAAUGAUCCCAACAGGAAAGAAGGUGGAGGAGAUCCUGAUGAGGAAAAGAAGUCCGGCACAUGUAUAUUGCUGUGAGCAGCCACAUGUUUGAUAUCACAUACCAGUAAUAACACUCAAUAAUUUGUUUGUUUACUCAGUCAGAUGUACACUAAUAUUGAUGUUACAGAUGGAUUAUGUUUCAUGACAAAGGUGAGCACAAGCACCUUUGUUCAGAAAGAAUAACCAUCCCUGUCUUGAAAGGUUGCUCAUGGUUUAGAGAUCUUCUGCUUUCAGGGCAAGGUUCAGUAAAAUAUGGAAGAUGUGAUGAUGUAUUUUGAGCAUCAUCUCUCUGGCUCACAGCUUGCAGAUAUACGUACCUAAUGAUGUAGACUUGAAACAACUUUUUGACCAUAAAUGACUAAGAGAAAUUUUACAACCUCUUUAUUAAAGAUACUAGCAUUAGAAAAGUAUUUGUGCCAGAAAUACUGUAUUACUUCAUGAAGAAACUGUCUAAACAAACAGUAUUUGCAGUAAAAUUAUCUGCUGAAGCAAUGCUGUUGCAUUCAGCAUUAAAAGU